GGUAUCUCUUCGAUUUGUCCAUAAUAAUAAAGGGCACUCGUCUCCGAUAAGGAUUUUGAUGCGUAAAAUUGACUGGUGGUUUACACGUGUAUAUUCGACUGACACUGUUUUCAUGCAGCAAUGGUCCUAACCAUUAACAGAGCGUGUUUUGAUGAGCGUGACAACAGAAUACUUAUUACUGAUGUCUGUACAUCCGACAGAAGAAGAAGAUCAGAAGAGUGAGUGUGUUUAUUAUACCGUAGGCCCGUAACCCUUCUUAUUUCGAUGUAAACACAGUCGUGCCGUUCUCAGCUACGCAGAACUUUGAGCGUCUUAUUUUAUGGAUUGACUGAGAAAUCCAGAGUGAUUUGCCACAGGCCCAGUCGGUCGGGACAAGCAGCAACAUGGUGGAAGUUGGAACGUCCAACGUUUGUGCUGAUGAGGAGGAGGAGGAAGAAUCGCUCACGGUGCUGACGGAGGCGAGGCAUUUAGAGGUCAUUUCUGCCCCCAACACGCCCGCCCAUUCGUGGAGGCUCAAGGAAAGGAUGAAAACAGUGAGUGUGGCUUUGGUUCUGUGCCUCAACAUCCCUGUGGAUCCACCUGACAUUGUGAAGAUUCAGCCUUGUGCACGCCUGGAAGCAUGGACAGAUCCCUUGUCCAUGCCCCCUUCAAAGGCAAUUGAAGCUAUAGGGAAUAGCUUACAGAAGGCUUAUGAGAGAUGGCAACCAAGAGCUCGUUACAAGCAAUCUUUGGACCCAACUGUUGAAGAAGUGAAGAAACUGUGCAUGUCUUUGCGACGAAAUGCAAAAGAGGAAAGGGUACUAUUUCAUUAUAAUGGCCAUGGAGUUCCUAAACCUACAGCUAAUGGUGAAAUUUGGGUAUUCAACAAAAGUUUCACUCAGUACAUCCCUUUGUCCAUAUAUGAACUGCAGGCGUGGAUGGGUGCACCAUCUAUUUAUGUUUAUGAUUGUUCAAAUGCAGCUAUUAUCAUAAAUUUGUUUGAGCAGUUUGCUGUACAACAUGAAGAAGAGAUGAAACUUAAAGGUAGCAGUGGAAGCAGUAGUCCAGUACCACCCACCUUUAGGCAGUGUAUUCAGCUUGGAGCUUGUGGGGCAAAGGAAGUUCUUCCAAUGAAUCCUGAUUUACCUGCAGAUGUUUUCACAGCUUGUUUGACUACACCAAUCAAUAUGGCUGUCAGAUGGUAUCUUCUCCAAAAUAAAGGGAAGCUUCUAAAUGGUCUUAGUUUGGAUAUAGUUGACAAGAUUCCUGGCCAGUUGAAUGACCGGAGGACUAUGCUUGGUGAGCUGAACUGGAUCUUUACUGCAAUCACAGAUACAAUAGCAUGGAAUACUCUUCCAAGAGAUCUCUUUCAGAAGUUGUUUCGACAAGAUCUAUUAGUUGCUAGUCUCUUCCGCAACUUUUUGUUAGCACAGCGUAUCAUGAGGUCUUACGACUGCACUCCUGUAUCAUCUCCAGAAUUACCUCAGACUCAUCAGCACCCAAUGUGGGAUGCAUGGGAUCUUGCUCUUGAAUUAUGUCUAAGUCAGCUGCCAACUGCCCUUCGAUCAGAAGACCUUUACUCCCAUGUACAUUCUCCGUUUUUUGAAGAACAGUUAACAGCCUUCCAAGUGUGGCUGAAUCUAGGUCAUGAGCAAAGACAUCCUCCAGAGCAGCUUCCAAUAGUACUUCAGGUCCUUCUGAGUCAAGUUCACCGUCCACGAGCUUUGGAGUUGUUGGGAAGCUUUCUAGCAUUAGGUCCAUGGGCUGUUAAUUUAGUAUUAUCUGUUGGAAUAUUUCCUUAUGUACUGCGUUUAUUGCAGUCUUCUGCCCGUGAACUUCGCCCAUUGUUAGUCUUUCUAUGGGCCAAAAUACUAGCGGUUGAUCCAGGUUGCAAAGCAGAUCUUGUUCGUGAGAAUGGUUAUAAAUAUUUUCUUCAGGUUUUGGGUGAUACUUCUAUGCCAGCUGAGCACCGUACAAUGGCAGCAUUUGUUUUAGGUGUCAUUGUUUGGGAAUAUCCAGAAGGUCAGCGAGUAACUUUACAGGGUUCUUUAAUGCCACUUUGCCUAGAACAGGUGACUGACUCUCAUGCACCACUCAGACAGUGGGCCACUAUCUGUCUGGGUCGUACAUGGCAUCACCAUCCUGAUGCAAGAUGGGCAGCUACUAGGGAUAAUGCCCAUGAAAAACUCUACAGUCUUUUAACAGAUCAUGUACCUGAGGUGCGAGCAGCUGCAGUUUUUUCCCUUGGUACUUUCAUAAGCAGCUUAGCUAACGGUGAGAGAACAGAUCACGCCCGUGCCAUAGAUCACACAAUAGCUAUAAUGUUAGCAAACACUGUAUCCUAUGAUGGUUCUCCACUUGUUAGAGAGGAGCUGGUUGUUGCGCUGCAGCUACUUAUUUUGAUGUACGAAAGUUCAUUUGUAACAGUUGCUCGACAAUAUUUUCAAAAUGAGAAUGCGGAUGUGUCUCCAGUAUCUCUUGCAUCUUCGACUGACAGUAUAAUGUCACCAUCAGGGAGCAUGAGGAAUGUCCUGGGACGAUCAAAUUCAAAACAAGUUACCUCUCCUGGGCAGGCUUUAGGAUCUAGCCCAGAUAUGUCAAUAUUGGAAUUUGGUCAUAUGUCACCACUGGGUGUGAGGAGAACAGCAUCGACGCAUUCAAUAUCUAAUUUAGGUGUGAGUAAUGCUUUCUCUGGAGUUAGCAGUCUGUCAUACAGUGGAAUGUAUUCAAAGUUGUGGCUGACUCUCUUGUCACUUGAACACGAUCCUUUCCCAGGUGUUUCAAGUUUAGCCAAAGUUGUUGUGGAAUACGUUAGAAAUAAGGCUAUGACAGGGUCAAGAGAGAUUCUAGAACCAAAGGUUGAAUCAGCUCCUGGAACACCCAUAAAUAAGCCAGUCUUUUUGGCUGGAGAGUCACCUCCAUCAACUAUUGACACAGGAACACCACGGUCUAGAUCAAGAAUUCAUUUGAGCAACCACACUGAAGAAGGAGAGGAGGGUUUCAUGAAACCUAUGGUUUCAACUGAAUUUGUUGAAUGGAGUGCAAAGAUUUUCAUCCUUCCACAUCAAAAAUCAACAGAAGAACUUAAUUCCCCAUCUUCACCUCUUCAUGCUUUCUCAGAAAGGUCUGUCAAUUCUCGACUUCUUGCAGAGUCUGAAGAAAGAAGAAGUGUAGGAACCAACAAAUUGGAUGAUCAAGUUUUUAUACAUCGCAAUCCUUCUCCACCUGCAGUUUUACUGUUCCAUCCCACUGAUCCUCUUUUAACAGUAGCUGAUAAGAGUUAUGUUACAAUUUGGGAUGUUGAACGCAACAACCGUGUGAGUCAUUGGUGCAACGGUAAUGCUGGAUCUAGUUGUAUAUCCUCCCUUGCUGUUGUAAAUCCAGGAACUCUGUCUACAUAUGUUGCCACAGGAUGUGAUGAUGGCAGUAUUAGGAUCUGGAAGGAUGCUUACCACAAUUCUCAUCUUGCUGCACAGGAACCACCUUCUCUCAUCACAGCUUUCCAGGCAACUAAUGAUAUGAAUCCAGCAACUAGAGGUGCUGGAUUGCUUUUGAGUUGGGAACAAGAUACAAAGACCCUUGUUGUGGGGGGAGAUUCACGUACAAUUAGAUUAUGGGAUCUUCAGGCUGAACGCCGGACUAUGGAGCUACCCACAGGAGGAGAGUCAAAAACUAUUGUCACUGCUAUACAUUCUCACCAAGCAGGGCCUUGGAUAGUAGCUGGUUUCUCAGAUGGUUAUAUUCGUGUCUUAGACCGCCGCCACCCUAGUAAUCGUUCUGUGGUACGACAGUGGAGGGAGCACACUUCGUGGGUCAUUAGUGCUCAUUUAUUAAAUGCGUCUCAAGCCACAACAAAAAUUAUAACAGGAGUAGUGUCAGGAGAAGUCAGACUUUGGGACAUGCGUCAAGCAAAUUCUGUCCAAGUAUGUGCACCCAACCAAGAAAUGACUGCAAUGGCAACACAUGCAAAUGCUCACCUCUUUGCUACGGGAUCAGUUAACCAAGUGAUUGCAGUUCACCAUGCAAGUGGCUCAUCAGUUAAUGUGAUCAAGUACCAUGAUGGUUUUAUGGGCACUCGUAUAGGACCUGUAUCAUGUUUGGCGUUCCAUCCGCGAAGAGUUUUGCUCGCAGCUGGCACCACUGAUAGUUAUAUAUCAGUGUAUGGCCUUUCUAGGAGAUAGUAAAAGUAAUUUUUAGGUCACAUUCUUUGAUUGUUAGUAGAAUGAUUAGUUGUUUAUAUUUUUAUGUGGGAUACAAUAACAGUUACUAUAGAGUGGUGAGAAUUUAUACCCGCUUCAAAAAAAGAAGAAAAUUUCAUGAGCACAUUGUGCUCAUAUUUAGUGUAGGUCCGAUUAAUGAUUACUAAGAAUAUAGUAAUCUCAGUGAGUCAUGUAUAUUGAGUAUGCUGUGUUAAUUGUAAUAUGGAAUUAAUAUUCAUAUAUUUGGCAGAAAACUGUGGAAUUUAACAAUUCCUUGUUCUGUAUUUAAUAAGAAAAUGUCUUAUUAGGUCUGUAUUGAAUAACUUCCAGAUAAUUUUGUUGGGCUGUAAAGUUGAGUCUUGGUACAAUUGUAGCGCUGCUGUUUUAUCUGGUCUCAGAGAAUAAAAUUAAGUAAUAGAUUCAUUUGAGUUAGAAACAGUGAGAAAUUGCAAAAGACAAUAUGUAUUGAUUGAAAUAUAAUGAAUUACUAACCUUUUUAACAUGUAAGUAAAGCAUGACGAUGAAGAUUUUGUUUUGAAUCAAAUGAAAUAUAUAAUUUCAAAUAUGAAUCAAAACCACUUCAUAUAUGUUAGUUUGUGCAAUAUUGAAAAAUCAGUAUUGGAAUAUAUGCCUAGGUUUACUUAAGGCUAGUAAAUCCAGUGUCAUGAAGCAGUCUACUAUUUUUCUUUAUAUUUCACUAUUCUUAAAAAUAUUCACAUAGUGUAUUUGGUUUUAAAUUUCGCCUUUUUUUCUUGAAGCUUUCUUGACAAAAAGUGUAAGUGGCCUUUAUAUACUAAUUCAGCUGUAGAUAUUGUACAGUAUACUAUGAUUGCCUAUCUUUUUUUUUCAACCUGCCAUCCAUCUCCAUUGCUUUUUUUCCUUUGCUCUUCAGUAGUUCUUAUCAUUGUCUUCCUAGUUUGCUAUACAACUUCAAGAUUUUCCACCUUUGCCACAAUCCUCAAAAUUAGUGUAUCUAUCUGGUGGUUUAGUUAAUUUACUAUAUAAAGUAUUGUACUAGCUGGGUCUUUUGACUUCCAUUUUUUCCAUAACUCUUCUAUAUAUAUUUUGAUGUCCAAGGGGACAUAGUUGUACUCCUUUUAAUUUGUUCACUGUGCAAUGUUUUGGUAACUUAAGGUUAUCAAAUAUAAUAAGCUCUGCCAAACUUGAUAUGAAGAACAGUUAUAUUUCUCUUGUUAAUGAUGGCAAGUUACAUCUACAUAACAUCAUUCAGUCAAGGUAUCCUUCUUUAUUUGAUUGUCUGGUGGGGAUCAAUAUUUAAAUUAUGCAAUAAGGGAAAUGAGUUUUUCCUUGCGGUCACUUCAGCAUCACAAAUUCAUUUGACAUAUGUAUGAGCUACAGUAGCUUCUUUGCAAGUAUGAGUAACAGUUGAUUUGUACAUUAACCUGUAGAAUAGUCUUUCACAAACAAAAUUUAGUGCAAUAUGUUAUUGUUUUGCAAAAUAAUAUUGUGAACAUUGUAUGAAUUUCAGCUUAAUUGAAUAAUUGGAAUUUAAAUUUUAUAAAUUUUUUUAUAUAAAGAAAAAGUCCUAAGCAGAGCCUAUUCUAUUUGUUUAAUUGUCAGUAGUGAUUCUUAAGUUAAUAUGAUUGAAUCUUUAGAAUUGUUUGCAAAUUUUGAGUACUGAUGUUAUAUUUAGUUUUAAAUUGUAUUUUUCUUGAUUUUCUUCUAAAUAUUUGAUAUUUACAUGUUUUGAUGUCUUAAUUCUUUCCCUUCUCUUGAGUAAUAUGAAGAUAUCUGCUGUAUCGAAUUCUAUUCUUGUAUAUUCAUCUUGCUGUUAUGCAAUUACAGAUAAAAAGCUUCAGACACCAUAGGAAAUGUGAACCAUUUUGAGAGGAAAUAAUUGAUAAGAAGUAUAAAUGGGUCUUUUGUGUUAAUUACUGUGAACGUACAUGUAUGACAAAACUAACAAAAGUGGUUAUGAGCAAAAUAUUUUUCAGUGCCAUAGUGAUAAAAAUAGCGUGACACCUUAUUUUAUGAUAAAAAUGAUACCAUAUUACCAUAUUUUUUAGCAUCGAUUAUCAAAGUCUCUGAAAUUAGAGGCAUUGCAAAUUAUUUGUUCUCUUUUUGCAAACCGUUGAUGUAAGCUGUUAAGCUGUAACAUAUGAACAGAUUCCAUUUUGGGGAAGUUUAUUCUAUGAGAGGGAUUGGCCCUCUUGACAAUAAGAAUUGUUGCCUUUUGACAUGCGGUGAAAAAAUGUGUACCUGCUUGUAAAUACUGCCACUGUGCUUAACUGAUACUCAUUUGAUGUAAAGAGAAGAAUUCAAGAUUUUAUGUUACUUCUGAGGCCUUUGUAAAACCAGAGUGGGGCCAGAAAUGAAGUGGACAGUAACUGCCUUAGGAUUCGUAUCGGUCCUUUAUCAAGUGGAUGCAGAAUUAGUAAUUUAAAUGAUGCAUUUUCUCUGUUUUUAUCUCAUAUUGAGAAAUUUGUUUUUGAAAACAAGUGGUUGUUUUCAAAUCUCAGGGAAAGGCAUGAUUUUUCAAAAGAUUUUUCAAUAUUAGCAUUAAGCUUUCAGUCAGAUUGACUGAGAACUUUCACAACUUGUGGAAUUUUUAAAAUAAGUUUUGAUUUUAAUUGGGAGCUCUAAAUUGAAUUUUGACAGGAAGGGGUUACUGUACUUUUGUAUUCCAAUGACACCAUGUUGUAACAAGGGUGUUAUACAGAUAGCCAUUUUAUAUAAGUGUACUUUAAACCUUGUGCAAAUAAGUGUAGGAAUGUUUAUUCUGAUGACAAAAAUCUGGAGACUUUGAGGUAAUAAGUGCAACAGGUAAUCCUGUAUAGAAGAGUAAAUUAUUUUUUCUUGGUAGUACUUACAUGUGUUGACUUUAAAUUCUAGUGUUUUGAAGAAAAUCUUAAGAUAGAACUUUCAUGCAGCACACACACUUCUAUUUAGGUAAUUCCUUGUAGUAGUUGUUUCCUUUUUAAGAUUACCCUGACCAUGACCAGACUACUUUAUUCAUGAGUUAACUUUAGAAAAGAUCUCUUGAAUUUGUCUAAAAGUUCCCUGGUGCACUGCAAGUGAUUACAAACCCACUUACCUUUAAUUAAGCCUUAAUACCUGAUUAGGUUGAUAAACCAAAAGGUGAAUAGCUGUUGAAGAAGAGCACAAAUAGAAAGUUUUCCCUUGAUUUUAGAUACUUGGUGUAUCAGUUGCUGUCUGUAUUCUUUUGUCCUCCUUUUUUUUCUCCCAUUUUCUUAACUACAUAGUCAGAACUGUAGGUAAUCAUUAAUUGGUUCCUCUUGUGCUAAUUAAACGUUAAUAGUUGCACAAGUGUUCCAGGAAGAGUACAAUAUUGUACCUUCUUAUACACUUCCUCACCUUAUGAUUCAUAAUUUAAUUUUCCAUAGGUACAAGAUGGACAUGAAGAGAUUCCCAGUUUAGAAGUAAAAGUUGCAAACACCAAAGAUAUGGAAGGUCCAGUGUGGGUGAAAUGCUAACUAAGGCAGGAUCUCCUUGACAAAAAAUAACCAAAGGAUAAAGACCAAUGUGCGUAUCAAGCAGAAGUAUUUUCAAGCCAUGUAGUUAUGAGACAUUCCAGUUCAUGGUAUUCAUAACUUUAAUGAUGCCUACCUUUGCAUAUGUUUUCACCCAGACCCCAUAAUAAUCUGAGGUUUGUUUGAGAUGGCAUCAUGUUUCAGUGAUGGCCCUCUUUUUGUAUUCUCAUUCUUUGGUAAUUACCAGGUCAUGGCUGCAGUCAUAAUGCAAAGUUCAAGACGCUGUCUGUCUAAGCAGGUGUCUUUUAGACAUCAAAUCAUCAGUUUACUGUCAAAAGGUAUAACUUGAUGCUUUGUUAGUUUCUUUUGAACAUCAUAUCAUUAGUUAUUUUGAGUGUUCUCAUUUCAAAUCAUUAACAUGACUUGAACUUAUUUAAAAGUUCAUAAGAGAUAAUUCAAGUAAGCAUUCAUUUUCUUUAUAACAAUAAGUUCCUCUGCAGUAUCAUAUCUGACGAACUAAGGAAGCACCAGGACCCAGAGCUUAAGGUAUGGAUGAUUGAGGUUGUUUUUGAAUUAGAGAGGAAAGAGGUCAUGCUCACAUGCUCCCUCCUAUAGUCAGAACACAGAGGAUUGUUGAAAGUUCAUCUCUAAUCAGAAUGUUUGAAUGCAAUAAAUAUGUACUAUUGUAGACAAGCCCAUCAUCUUGACCUCCAACCCUCCCAGAAUCAACAGAUUUGAAGAAAUGCUUUUAUUGGAAGACCUUGAGGCAAACACCCUCUCUGAUUUCUCAUUUAUAAGGGUGGUGCUGAAUAAGGUUUUUAAAAAGAGAGAAAUAAGUGCAACCUUGCAUUGUUGUGUCAUUGACAGGAGUGCUUUGAUCACCUGACAUUUGUGACAAAUCUGCUUGGGAGAGUCCUGACUUUGUUCAGACUCAUUUGUUGAACCUUGACACAUGAACGUUAUCUUAUGAUCAGUAUGACGGGCAGUUUGCAGACAGAUACAUAAAGUUUCUCUUAAUGGGAGAAAGACUUCCCCAUUUCCAGUGUGUGUUAGGAACCGGACCUAAUAAAUUCUGAGAAUAAAGACCUGUAUGCAAUUAGACCAGCAUAAUGGGAAUUCAUUCUGUUUUUUUUUGAAGCCAUGUAAUGAAACGGAUGUUGUUACACUGAAGACUAUAUAUUCUCAAUUACUUUUCUCAUUGUAGAGUCGUUGCCUAUGGUGGUGAAGGUCUUAUAAAAUAUCCCUUCAGCCUCAGAGGCUUUAGUUUCUGUGAUUAAAAUUUUAUCCUCUCUUUUUGGUUUCUUCCCACAUGGCAGUUCAACUUCUGUAAAUAUUUUGUGCACUAAUGGUUACUUCUAAAUUAGGAGCAUGUAUUUUCAGGACAGCUGUCUGAAAGAUUGUUAAAGUACUUGCGAUAAUAUCCGUCAGUAAAACUAGUUGUUGUAGAUUAGCAGCAAUCAGUUAGCGAAUGGUGUCAUCUUAACCCCAUACCUCUCUAACUUUGAAAUUGUUGAUACUUAUCAGUUCAAACCGCCCUAGCAUCAAACAUUUCAAUAUGUAGUAGAAUUGUAGCGCCUCAGUGGAGUGGUCAGUUUGGUCUUGGCCUACCACCUCGGUGGCCACGAGUUCAAUUCUCUGGUUUUCCAUUGAGGAGUCAGAGAUGUGUAUUUUUGGUGAUGGAAGUUCACUCUCGACACAGUUCGGAAGUCACAUAAAGCCGUUGGUCCCGUUGCUGAAUAACCACUGGUUCCAUGCAACGUAAAAAAAGCACUAUACAUUAUGUAGAAUUGGUUUGUGGCAUUUGCAAGGUCUUGCAAUAAGAAAAAAGAAACAAGUUAAAGCCAUAGAUUUACAUAAUUAAAAAUACCAAAUUAACUUUAUAGUAAUUUGCAAUGGAACAAAGAUGUCAGCGAAAGAUUUCACUACCUAUAGCCUCCCUCCUGACUUGCUGUACAUCAUAGGCAUACAUUUAUUAAAGAAGGUAUGAUGUAGAUGAUCAUGUGAAGAACUUGAAAUUGUAGUUUCAUUGAUGCAAACUUACUACAUUUAACUUGCAGUGGCUUCUCAGUUGUUUAUCUUAUUCACAAACUGAUAAAUUUACAUCACUGGCUCAGUUGGAAUCAGAUCAAGAAUUGAGAGUUUAGCAGAUGAAAGAGGGUGAGGUCUUGCCAAAGAUUUUUUUUCUCUAUUUUGUAACUGCUCAUUUUCAACAGC